GGAGAGAUAUGAAGAGGGUUUCAUAUAUAAGGCACGCCAUCUAUACAAUGCUGAAGCAUUAUCUCCACCUCUCCGUCUGAACCCUUCUUCCUCCCCAUCUCUGUUUCUCUCUCUAAACUGCCAUAUCCGAUCCUUCUGUAACCGCAAAUCCCCACCUGAACUCAACCCCACCUCUCUUUCUCUCUCUAGUUCCCAUCCAUCAGAGCAACCGCCACACCCAACAUCGGAAAACCUACACCCCAACAACAAGAACCCCUCCAAAACGAGGCCCACCAGGAAGAAAGAGAAACCAUUUCUAGAGAGAGAAAACCUAGAGAGAGCACUGGUUGAUUCAGCGGUAGAAUGGUUGGAGGGGGAAACAGCAGGAGGGACGAUGGGUCCAUGGGGAUGAACCGUAAUGUAUUCGCUGCCCUUGAAAGCCUUCGAAGAAAGAAGAAGUCUGAGAAAUCUGAUUCAUUGAAGAAGAGCAAAGGUUCAUCGAAGGAUUCAGAAGAGCAAGCGCGGGUGUUUUGGGCACCAGCUCCUCUCACUGUGAAGUCUUGGGCUGACGCAGAUGAUGAUGAGGAUGAUUACUAUGCAACCACUGCGCCUCCUCAGAGUGUUUGGGGCUCAGACCCUAAUGCUCAGAAGGAAAUCCCAGAAAAACUUGAGGAAAGCGAAAGUGAGGAGGAUGUAUUAGAUGAAGGUGAUGAUGAUGUAGAUGAUGACCACGACCAUGAGCUUGAGGCUGAGGCUGAGGCUGAGGCUGAGGCUGACUCUGAGGCUGUAGCCUCAGAGCCAGUGGCAAAGAAGUCUGUUCCUGUGGCUCUAGUGUCCAAGGAACCGGAAAGGCAGCUUUCCAAGAAAGAGUUAAAGAAGAAGGGGCUAGAAGAACUUGAUGCUAUUCUUGCGGAGUUGGGCCUUGGUCAAAAGGAGACAAAUGGGCAAGAUGAAUCAGAAGCCUCAGGGGAAAAGGAAGAGAAGCAAGCACCCGAGGAAAUGAAUGGGGUCACAACUGAGAAGAAAGAGGGUCCACCGCCAGCUGGAGAGGGAAAGAGCUCCAAAAAAAAGAAGGCGAAGAAGGAUAAGCCAUCCAAAGAGACCACAGAGGCCAAUGGACCAGAAGAAGUGGCAGCUGAAGCUGAGGCCACCGAGGAGGAUUCCUCAACUGUUGAUGUGAAAGAGAGGCUCAAAAAGGUGGCUUCAUCUAAUAAGAAGAAGAAACCCGGCAAAGAGAUUGAUGCCCCUAAAGCCGCCGCCCUUGAGGCAGCAGCGAGGAGGGCAAAGCUUGCGGCUGCAAAGAAGAAAGAGAAAACCCAUUACAAUCAACAACCAGUGAGGUGAGCUUCUCCAAUAAUUUCUUGUUCAUUUGAUGGGUGCUAAUAAAACAGUCGGCUCUUGAUUUUACUUGAACUAUGACCGUUUCUGGUUAAUGUUGGGGACCUUUUCUCUCUCUCAUCUCAUCGAUCUAUUAUGCUUGAUGUAUGUGACAUGUAUUUGUUUUUCGGUUCUUCUCACAUCGUAUGCCAAUGUUGCCCCCCUUGCAUUGCAUGACAUAAACAAGCCGGGAGAAAAAAAAAAAAUUUAGAAAUGGAAAGGAUAUUCUUGAAUUUGAGGGAGGUCAUUUCUGGGAGCUCCGGGUUAGAAGUAUCGAAGAAUUCACUUGAUUUUAUUUUUGGUUAAUCAGUACUGCUAGAAUUAUUCGGGAUUGUGAUAUUUAUAAUUUUGUAGUCACUAAUUGACAUGUAUGUUGGUUUUGUAUUGAUGGUCUGGUUCUUUUCUUUUUUUCCUUUUUUUUCUUUGUGAACUUUGGUCUUUUCCAUCGAUCAACGUGCUUUUUAUUU